AUGGAUUAAAAGAAGAUUGAGAGUCUUAUUAAUGAAGCAUUAAAAAAUCCUGACCCUGAUAUACAAUAUAUGAGAGCAGAGGAACUCACAAAUGAAUUGACAAUUUUUUAUGGGAAACAGGAAUAGAAUGAAAAGAAUUAAAAUAUUAUUAAUGAAUGCUACAAUGUAUUUUAUUAGCAUUUAUCAUCUCAAUAUAGAGAAAUAUAAGGAAAUGCAAUUAGAUAAUUUUAAAGGUUAUCUCCAUUGAUGAGAUCUUAAGAGGUGCAAUAUAUAGCAUAGGAAUUAUUGAAGUCUUCAACUCAAGGUAUGAAUGAUACAAGAGAGAAUUAUCAUAUUUGUCUUUAAGAAAUUGUGGAAAAGAUUCCAAUUCAAGUCUAGAGUUUAUUUGAGGUUUAAGAAGGGAUUGUCAAAAAAUUAAGAGAAUCAAAGGAAACUGUUAAGAAAUUAUAAGUUUCCAAUUAAAUAGUUCACCAAGAGAUUUAGUAGAAUGUAGAAAUAUAGGCUGAACUUCUAAAGAUUUUAAGUUCUAUAAUGUCAAGAUGGCCUAAACUAUAUCAGAAAGACUUUAGUGAUUUGUUAUUAGAUAAUAUAACAAAUUCAAAUGAAUUAUCAAUUCGAAAAAAUUCAUGUGUAUGUCUAGGCUACUUGGGAGUAUCCCUUAGUUAAUAAAGCCUAAAUGAUUUAAUCUAAAACAGAAUUUUACCACUAGUUAAAGAAUUAAGAUUUGAUUAAUAGAGUUUUGCAAAAAUACUUUACUUAAAUUAAAGUUUGAAUCAUUUGGCUAAAAGUUCUGGGAAAUAUUUUGAAAAAGCUUUAGUUGAAUAAAUAUUUGAGAGAUUCUUUUAGAUAUAGAAAGAACAACAAAAAAUAGAUUUAGAUAAUAUUAAUUAAUAUGCUGAGAUAUUAGAAAUCUAAUUACUCACAAUAAAUUAUUUAUUAUCCAAUAAUUAUGCUCGUGCAUUUGAUCAAAAAUUGAUAGAUUAGAUUACACCAUUGAUUGACUUUGAUCCUUUAGGAGUGGCAGCAAUAGAAGAAAAUCCAUAUGAUGAUGAUUACUAUAUUGAUGAGACCUCUGAUUCAACCUGGAGAGUCAGAAGAUGUGCAUUAUACACAUUCCAAGAGUUAUUGAAGAUUUAACCAUAAUAAUACAAGGUAAUAUUAUCAGCUCUAUUUGGUCCAAAUCAAAUUAUCAUGAACAGAAUAAAUGAAAAAAAUGCUGAAAUAAAAUUAUCAAUUGUUUAAUUUUUGAUUAGUUUGGUUUAGGCAUCUGCGGUUACAAACGAGGAAUUGAAUCCAGAAGAUGAACUCUAAUAAUUGUCAUUAUUAAAGUAAAGAUCAAUUCCACCAUCUAUUUCCCUAAUUGAAUUAGUAGAAUAACUGUUGGAUAAAGUAUCAUUGAUCUUUUAGGAUGCUUAAGAAUAAUAAUCCUUAAAAUCUGAAUCCACAAAAUUAUUAUUAGCUAUUGGUCAAUAUUUCCACUCUCAAAUAUAAAAAUCACAAUUAUGUUUCUCAAAAAUUGUUGAAAUCAUUAAAUAAUCAAUUGAUGGUUCUUCUGUUAAUUAUUCUAAUGAAUAAAAACUUGCCUCCAUUUUAACUAUGAAAAGUAUACUUAAGAUUACAGAACCAGCUGCAUUUUAAGUACCCAUUUUGAAGUCGAUGGUUUAAGUACUAAUUGAAGCAGUCAAUUAGAAAUAUAUCAGAAUUUAAAUAGAAGGAUAUAGUACCUUAGAAAUAUUAGUUUUUGUAUUUAAAUAGAAUUAUCAAGAACAAUUUUAAGACUCAUUGUCAAAAAUUAAAUAAACUUUAAUUAUUAAAAUUUAGGUUGAUACCUUAGAUUAAGAGGUUAAAUAAAGUUUAUUUUCACUCGCUACUAGCUUGUUUAAAUACUUCCCUUCCAUAUAUACAAAAACAGAAGUAGAGUAAUUAGCUCAAACCUCCUUGCUUAGAUUAUAAAUUGAAGCUCUAACAAACAAUAUUAUGACACUUGUCUAAUACUUCAAGAACCUCAAUGAUCCUAAGAUAUUGAUUUCAAGCAUAGCUAAUCAUCUUUAGAAAAACGACAAAUCCUAAACUUACUUAGCAUUAAUAAAUUUAAUUUAGAAUAACAAAAUUGAUCAAAAUCUAGCGACUGAUAUUUUAAGUAGAUUCAAGUAAAUUACAACAGAAAACUAUGAUUUAUAAAUUUUAACCCUUUAGGUCUUAAUUAAAGUUACUAAUAUUAAAUUACCUGAUUCACUUAUAAAAGAGACUGUUAAAAUUGGAUUGUAACAAACAAAAAUAAAACCAGAAAUUGAAGACUUCUUUAAUUUGGUCAAUCAGAAAAAUUUAAUUGAAUAAGAAAUCACUAAAUAAUUAGGAAAAGAAGAAUUGUAUCCUGCCGGAUAAAUUUAUUGUUCAAUAUUAAAAAAUGUACCUGGAUCCCUUAGUUCUUUAUAUUCUUCAUUAACAACUAAUAGAUAAUUAAAAUUAUCAACUUUAAGAUUCUUACAUAAGUAUCAAAAAGAUCAAAAGGCUUUAGACAUAUUAUGUUAAUUAAUUAAAGAUAACUAAGAUUCAGAUUUAGCUGCAUUUGUGAUUGGAUCAGCUGUUACUGACUUUCAAUAAAUACAAAAGUUGAUUGAUUAAAAUCCUAAUUAAUAUUAAUUUUAUCAAGCCUUAAAAGAAUUCACUGAGAUAACAUAAAUAAAUAAUCCAACUGAAAUUGCAUAAUAUAUGUUAAAUUAAGUAGAUGGAAAAGAUAAGACUAUUUCAACUAUUUGUGGUGACAUUUUAGGUGGUUUCUUCAAAUAGAAUUAUACAUAACUUGAACAACUGUUAUUUUACAGUAUCUAAAGUGCAUCUUAAGCUAUUAGAUAUUCUUGUAUUCAAAGUCUGAAGUAUACCCAUCAAUGGACCAACAAAGCUCAUAUAUUAUUAGAAAUGCUUUAAAAGGAAAAGGAUAUUCAAAUACUUACAGGAAUUAUCAAAGCACUUACAUAAAAUAUACAACAUAUUAAAUUAAAUAAUUUGACUCAAUAUUUAACUUUUUGUUUAAGAAGGUAUGAAGAAAAAGAAUUAAAUUUUGGUAAUUUUGUUGAAAAAAGAGAUGAUGCCAAAGAUUUAAGAUCUCUUUCAUUUGACUUAUUAGAAUCAUUCUUAUCCAUAUAAAAUGUAGAGUUGAAACCUAUUUUAGUUGAAGUCUUUGACAAAUUUGCUGAUGAUAAAUACGAAGAAACCAGAAUACCUAGAUUAAGAAUUAUUUAGAAGAUCAUUAAAUCAAACCCUCUUGAAUUAGUGCCCUAUUUAGAAAUUUUGCUAAAAACCUUUGAGCCUAUUCUUAAAACAUUGCAAUAAUAAUUACAAAAAUAAGAUUAAAAUCUUGAUAAGGAAAAAGAGAAAUUUAGAUUAAUAAUCUCCAUUCUGUAAGGAUUAAGAUUAAAUUCAAAAGAAGUUGAUUCAUUUUGUGGAAAAUGUCUAACAGAAUAAAUCUUAAAGUCUGUAGGUUAAUGAGAAUUUAAAUGUUAUAAUAAUAAUAAAGAACU